AUGCGGCCAAUAUACACAGUGUUUCUUGGGUUUUCAGUACUUUUUUUACUGCCCCACGAUGUAGUUGGAAAUUGUAAACUUGAAACAGUACCCAAUGCUCCGGUCGUUGUUACGCGUUUUGGAUCAAAACAAUUACUGUCAGAUUCUCCUGGAAUAUAUGAACUUGAAACUGGACAAACUAUUGAUUUAUAUAGCGCCAGUGGAUUUUUUAUUCAUCGGGAUUACCGGAAUACUUACCUUAUUGUAAGACCUAAUGUUACAAUGAGGUGCAAUGAAUACGGUGCUUUUCAAAAUUCAAUCAAUAACAACGAAGCCCAAAAGGUUCAGUGUCUUAACGGAGUGUCACAAUUGUUUGAAAGUAAGAACAGCUUACAAAACUGCCUUGAUGAUAUGACUCUCAUUUUGGCCAAUAAUAUCAAUGAGAAUAAUUCAAGAAAAAAUUUGGCCAUCUGCUAUGAUAUUGAUUCCUCCCGAGUGAAAUAUAUUGGCUACACGACAUUUCCCGAAAAAAAUCAAGUUUUAACAAUGACGCAAUUGGGUCAACUAAAUGAUAUUGGACUGGACAUUGAUGUAAAGUAUUAUAAAAAUCUCAUUAAGACCAUAAGCCAGAAGGAUAUCGAUGAUUAUAUGGCAAAAGAAAAAACGCUGUUCGUACCGAACACCUUCAAGUCGGACAAUCUGGUUCAGGACGAGUCGGUUGUCCGGCAGUUGACCGGCUUCGAGGACCUUACGACCACAAUUUGGCUCCGGGUCCUGAGUCUUGGCAAUUGGAAGAACUGGAUUACGGCGAUGCGGGAUGCCAGUGGAGUUGACAACCAUUUCGAUAUUCGUCUUGGCGUUUCCGGUGUCAUAGAGAUACCCACAGGCUUUGAUGGAUCCUGCAACGCAAGUCGAUCAUUGAAAAUAAAAGUUGCGAAUGGUGGCUCCUUUCCUAUACCAGCCCACAUUUGGGCACAUAUUCAUGCACUGGAGAAAACUGGCAGCGUUCAGGAUGAGUUUGUCAUUAUUGGACACAAUUCCCCAUUUACCACCUAUGAUAAUUCAAGCGACUUGUGUCUAUCAAUGUGUGAUCAGAUCUCUUGGCUAAGGAACACGUUGUUCGCCAGACUUCAUAGGCACCCUAAUUUCGGAUUGGUGUACUGCUGUCGGGUGGAGGAUGUGGCAAACAAGCUGGACAACUUCCCAGGUCCAUUUGCGAAAGCGAAUGUAGAGAGCCAUCAUACGGAUAAAUUUACGACAACUACGAUCUCGCCCAAUGUUUUGGAAUUCUUAGGAAGUAAUGAACAAUCUUAUGAUUACUAACAUAAAAUUGUAAAUCUUUUAAAUUGGAAUUUUUUUUCUAUAACUAAGAAAAUAAUUGACUAAUUGUGAAAUUUUAAACCUAGUUAAGCUUAUUUUCUAAUUCGUAAUAUAUCUUGUGUGUCUUGGUUUAUUACAAAUUAUGUUGGAAAUUUC